UGUGUUUUCCUAAUAAAGUAGGUGAAGAAGAAAAACAAAACAAACUUAUCUUAAAAAGUCUAAACCAAUUUUAGAAGAGUCUUCUUCCUAAAGAAGAACAGAAACAACAAGCAAAGAAAGCUUACUCAAAAUUUCAUCAGUCAACAGUACUUAAUCAGGGAAAAAAAAGUAGAUAGAACCCUCAGGAAAAUUCUCAAGAGAGAGAGAGAUGGGUCGAGGAAAGAUCGUGAUCCGUAGGAUCGAUAACUCGACCAGUAGACAAGUAACAUUUUCUAAAAGAAGGAAUGGAUUGUUAAAGAAAGCGAAAGAGUUGGCGAUCUUAUGUGAUGCAGAAGUCGGUUUAAUUAUCUUUUCUAGCACUGGAAAGCUCUACGACUUUGCCAGUACAAGGUCGGAUGGAACUUUCAUGAAAACUGUGAUCGAGCGACAUAACAAAUCAAAAGAGGAACACCAUCAAGUGAUGAAUCCAACUUCAGAAGUCAAGUUCUGGCAAAGGGAAGCAGCAGGCUUGAGGCAACAAUUGCAAAAUUUGCAAGAGAACCAUAGGCAAUUGAUGGGAGAAGAGCUUUCCGGCUUGAGUGUCAAAGAUUUACAAAAUCUGGAAAAUCAGUUGGAGAUGAGUUUGCGUGGAGUACGGGUGAAGAAGGACCAACUCUUGACUGAUAAAAUAGAAGACUUGAGCCGCAAGGGUAACCUAAUCCAUCAAGAAUAUAUGGAAUUAUAUAAGAAGGUAAACCUCAUUCAUCGAGAAAACAUGGAUUUGCACAAAAAGGUUUAUGGAAAUACCAGUGGAGCCAAUCGAACAUCACUUCUUCCAAAUGCUUUUAGCAUUGAAGAUGACCUGAAUGUACCCGUCCAUCUCCAGCUAAGCCAGCCACAACAGGACGACCAUGCUUCCUCAGAAAAGGCUACAAAGCUGGGCCUUCAAUUACCGUAGCAACGGGUCAAGGGACUGUGAAGAUAUAUAACUCGAUACCCCAUAAAUGCAUGGUCCUGUUGGUUUCAACAUAAUGUUUCUCAAAUUAGAUGUGGCAUAUGUCCUAGACAAAAUGCAUUCAGCACAAACAUACUUACAUUUGG